AUGUCUCUCCCGGGCUUGGAUGAGUCUGUUAUGCCUACUGUUCAUGUGGAAACGAUGAAUCCUGCUCGGGCUCAGAUGCUCGCCAACGCCGCCCAAGAAGAAUUGACAAAUCCAGCAUCCCCUAUUAAGAUCGAAGACCCUUCUUUGUCUGCUUUCUGCAUGACUGGUGCCAACCGUAGCGUCUUGGGUGAUGCAUCUCUGCGCGCCUCCCGGGGCUCGCAGAUAUCUCAAGGUUCGCCAAUGGCUUCCAACUCCAACCUCGCUACACCUGGACGAGGUUUGAGAGAGUCCAUGCCGCCUACAGGCGGCUCUGUAAAGCGGCCCGCCAGUGUUUUGGUGGACGAGGCGAAGGGGAACAAGAAGAAAAAGCAGAAGACAGAUGAGUUCUAUACCCAGAUUCAAUCCCUUGGUCAUGCUCCGCGGCCAGACGAAAACACACGGUACUUGACAUCACUCCUUCGCAACCGAACUUUGACUCUCUGCUUGCAGUCUGCUGCCAAAAAGGGAGGUACUCUCAACAAGCCAAAGACAUACGACUUUCGUAUUUCCCAAGCCGGUCUGGUCCAGCAUGAGAAACUAUCAACCCAGGGCUACACCCGAGCUCUCCCUUUAUCCUUGCAUGAUAAAGGCGUAGAUGGUGCCGGAAGAGCCAUCUCUAGUACCAUAGUUGGCGAACUGCUCGAGGAUGUCUGGCCCAGGCUGAACAAGAACGAGAAGUAUGGGUACGCCCGACAACUGCGUAAUAUAAUCCGCAAGAUCCGACAAGGAAGUAGAGCUGGUCCAGACGCUACUUUGGGAUCGGUCGAAUCAGGACAGUACAGCUUGCUGCAGGACAAGCAUCCAGACCACACGUACUAUGCUAUUCGUAAAGAUCCCAAACAGAAGCAGUUCAUGGCACUGCUUAUGUCAACCCUUUAUGAAACAGUUCCCAAGCCGGUGGCUAAAGCUUUGGUAUCGCAGUUUCGAGUCGAUUAUCCGGUGGUACUCACACAUGGGGCUAUAUGCCCUAGAAACAUUGUCGUCUCCAACAACACCAUCGCAUGGAUCCUUGGUUGGGAUUGCGCAGGAUUGUAUCCAGCUUGGUGGGAGUAUGUGCGCUUCUUCGAAGCAAGAACCAUCGAGGAAAACAGUGAUUGGUACGAUUAUGCAACUGACAUAUUCGAGGAUGAGUUUCCGGGAGAGCUGGCGGCCUAUCAGGGCAUAGCCAGGUGUCAGCAACCUUGA